AUGUUCAUAGGCAAACCCAAGAUCAAACAAAAAACUGUCCUCGUCCAGCGUCCGGCUACUGUCACGGCAAACUCGUCGCCUGCGCCACGCACAUCGUCUGCCGUGCGGCCUGGGGCUGGUGCGAGGAGUAAUAGCGCGCCGCGUGCACCGACGAAUCGAUAUCAGUCUUCUACAUCUUCGCAUCUAAGGGGCAAGGAGCAGCCGCGCAAGGCGUCUGUGGCGGAGAAUCGGAAGAGAAAGGGGACGGAUACGCCACAGUGGGCGAGUAGUGAUGAGUCGAGUGAGGGGGAGGAUGAAGAUAGACUUGGAUCGGGGAUCAAGAGGCUGAAGAUGGGGAGGGUGGGAAGCAGUAGUACAGAGCCCAUGAAUCUGAAUAGGACGCUCGAGCCGGAUCUGAGGAGGAGGAUCAGGAUAAGAGAAGAGGAGGAUGCGAGUGCUAAGACAGUUGAAAAUGGCGCGCAUGGAAACAAGAAUGGGGCGAUGAAUGGCACAUCAAAUAAUACAUCGGCACCAAGGACAGACGGCAAGAAGGCCAUCGACCUCAACGGCGUCUAUGGCGACAAGAAACCUGUGCCAAAAAAGGGCACAUAUGGUCGUCUUAUCCAUGGCCUCGACAUGUCUUCGGGCGACUUUGCAAAAGACUACAAGCCCGCAUUCCCAGGCAGCCCUUCGCCCACCAUCCUCGAACUGCAAUACCCUUCCCCCUCGCGCCCCGAACGCUUCGAAGCUGUCGAUCCGCUCGACUCGAGCGAAGGCUACAGCCCCCUCAACGAUAUAUAUUUCUCGAUUGAGGAAAUCAUCACGCACUACCUCCCGCCCGACCUCGCCGCCACCCUCUCCUCGGACGCAGAAGGCACCGUCCGCCUCCUCAAACGUGCCGUCUCCAAAAACUCGCCCGAAGACUUUCAAACCGAGCUCUCCAAAUUCAACGCCUUGAUCCGCGACCACCUCAGCAAUGGCACCAUCCCGCGCAUCAUCGACGAAAUGCACGCCAUCCCCCUUAGCCUUGUCAAGCGCAUCACAGCCCAGAGCUACAACCGCAUCGUCUCGCCCCACGCCCACCGGCUGCGCAAAGUCAAAGGCAAAGAAACCACCUACGGCGAACUCCUCACCCCGUUUGUCCACAAAAUCUUUGCCCAAACCGCACUCAACUCCUCCCACACCUUUGUCGACCUCGGCUCCGGCGUCGGCAACGUCGUCCUCCAGGCCGCCCUCCAAACCGGGGCCGAGUCCUGGGGCAUCGAGAAAAUGGACCUCGCCGCCAGCCUAGCCACCCAACAAGCCGCCGAACUCAAAGCCCGGUCCCGACUCUGGAACAUCCACCUCGGCCCCCUGCACCUCCUGCACGCCGACUUCCUCGACUCCCCCGCCAUCGACGCCGUCCUGCGUCGCGCAGACGUCGUCCUCGUCAACAACAAGGUCUUUGGCGAAUCCCUCAACAACUCGCUGCUGCAAAAGUUUCUCGACCUCAAGAUUGGCUGUCGCGUCGUUAGUCUGGAGAGCUUUGGGGGCGGUGGCGCUGCGAAGAAGGGGGUGCGAAAUGAGCAGAGUAUUGCCGGGUUGUUUGAGGAGGACCGGUUUGAGAGUGGGAGUGCGAGUGUGAGUUGGGCGGGUGAGAGUGUCGAGUAUUUUAUUGCGGUCAAGGUUAGGUGA